AUGGCUGCGGCCUUUGACGAUGAAGACCUCUCAAUAUCACUCCCUUCCUUCGAUCAAGAUGGCCUCGACGAUCGAGCGCUCCAUAGCCACCCUUCCAUGCCGCCACCGUCGCGGCCCUUUGCCGUGCCCUCUGAGCAGUCACCAGCCACGGCCCGAGACAUGCAGCGCUUGGAACAAUACAAAACCGUGCGGAUACUGGGCGAGGGCUCGUUCGGCAAGGUGAAAUUGGCCGUCCAUCAAGCCAGCGGAAGAGAAGUGGCUCUGAAGAUAAUCUCGAGGCGGAAAUUGUUAUCCAGAGAUAUGGUCGGACGCGUGGAGCGGGAGAUCCAAUAUCUGCAGCUCCUGAGACACCCGCACAUUAUCAAACUGUACACAGUCAUCGCCACGAAGACGGACAUUGUCAUGGUCCUUGAAUACGCUGAGCGCGAAUUAUUCGAUUAUCUUGUCAGUCGUGGCAAAUGCAACGAUGACGAAGCUCGCACUUUCUUCCAACAAAUUAUUUGCGCCGUUGAAUAUUGUCACCGUCAUAAGAUUGUUCACCGGGACCUCAAGCCAGAGAACCUACUCAUAGACAGCGAAAAGAAUGUCAAAAUCGCCGAUUUUGGGUUGAGCAAUAUCAUGACUGACGGGAACUUCCUACGAACCAGCUGUGGCAGCCCCAAUUAUGCCGCGCCCGAAGUCAUUUCCGGCAAAUUGUAUGCGGGGCCCGAGGUCGACGUCUGGAGCUGUGGUGUUAUCUUAUACGUGUUAUUGGUGGGGAAAUUGCCUUUUGACGAUGAAUAUAUACCCAAUCUGUUCAGGAAAAUCUCUGCAGGGAACUUCUACAUGCCCUCUUAUAUCUCUACCGGUGCAGCCAAUCUGAUCAGACAGAUGCUGCAAGUCCAUCCCGUCCAUCGGAUUACCAUUCGCGAAAUUCGGCGGGACUCUUGGUUCAAAAAGGACCUUCCAAAAUACCUACAGCAUCCCACCGAAGAGCUCGUCGCAACGGGUGCUGAUCCAAACAAAGCUAUUGAUCUCCGUUCGAUCGCGCCGGGAAAAUCGCCCGCAGUUCGAGAGAAAAUUCGCCAAAAUGCAGUGACGAAACUGGAGCGGAGAAUGGGAUACGGCAAAGAGGACAUUCAGGAUGCCUUGCUCAAACCCGAGCCCAGCGCAAUCAAAGAUGCUUUUUUUAUUGUAGUAGAGAACGAGAUGAUGCAGACAAACUGUGAGUGUCGAAUUCGCAGUUUCCAACCAGCUGAGAUACUGACCUCCUUCCAGCACCUACAGAGCCGGAUGGCAGUCCUUCAUCGCUUCAGCCCAAAGAAGGUCCAGAUGCCUCUCCACGGAACCAUAGCAAGACUGCUGGGCCCGGAAUCCCCAGCUCUCAUGAGUCACCCAUUACCCCCCUUUACUCCCUACCGAGUUCCUCCACCGACCCCGCCAGCGUCUCGUGUGAGCCAUGUGCGCAUACUUCCCACCAGUCUUCCAUAUGUCCAUGACCAAAUCAUGAUUCAACGAGCCGAAGAAAUGGCCUCUCGAGCGGCCGGCCCGUCAGAGGAUGAUUCACGCGCAAGUGUGCAACAUGUCGAAACGGUUGAUCAUGUUGGCAGCCCGAGAGAAAUAACCCCCGAAGAGCAGGCUGCCACUGCCAGGGCGCUUAAGCCUCACUCACGAAGCAUUGUUGAUUUAGAUAAGCUGCGGUAUGAACCGCCCGAGAAGUUGACACAGGUCCCAAGUCAACCCAAACGGUCUCGUAAAUGGCAAUUCGGAAUCAGGUCCCGUAACCUGCCUUACGAAGCGAUGCUUUGCCUUUACAAAGCAAUCCAGGCUGAAGGAGGAGUCUGGGAAAUCCAGCCGGCUGAGCCAGUCAUAGAUGCGCAUGGCGAUCGAACGCCGGAGGUGACGUCCGACAUCCCCGGGUCCCUUCAGCACAAAUAUCGGGAUAUUCCUUCCGAAUAUUACAUUCCAAAGGAUUUGUGGUUCAUCCGCGCUCGUCUCCUGAAGCAAGGCGUGCAUGCUCCUGGUCCAUUAAGCAGUGCCCAUAGCAGCCGCAGUGAUUUAGAGGAAUUCCGUCGGCGCGUAAGCCUGAAAGGCGGUGUAUUACACCCAGAAGAUAAAUCUGGCUCAGUGAAUACCGCUGCUUCGUCUUUGUCGUCCCAUUCUGCUUCCUUUGGUUACGGCGUCUGGGUGUUCAUCGACAUUCAACUCUACCAGCUCGAGCGGGAUAACUACAUGGUAGACUUUAAAUGCGACGGGUAUCAGAAUGUCGUGCGCAUUGAAGGUGAUGGCAGUGUCACAGAGUGGCGUCCCAUCAGCAAGAGGUUUCGGAAUAAAGAAAAGGAGAUUACUAGCCCUUAUCCGUUUUUAGAUGUUGCAUCAGACUUGGUGGCGCAACUGGCGGCAGCGACUUAG